AUUUGUUUACCUGUUUUAACUCGCUAAAGAAAUGUUCAAGUUAAUUUUUAAGCAAUAUAAGGCAAAGAGCAGUAGCCCGGACCUUAACGACGUGUUAAACUUCGAUGAUCCAUUGAGAAAUGACAGAAUCACUGCCCACCGCUUGAAUACCUGCCACGAGGAAAAUAUUCGGUCAAUCCCCGGUCUAAAGUCAUCGAGCACUUGGCAAUGCUAUGAACUAAGGGAUCAUCCCGGAAUCCUAGUUAUACGAAACCCCUUUACCGAGAGGGGUCUUCGAUAUUGGAUAGCGCGAUGCCUGCGGGAUUAUCCAAGGCCACCGAACAUUGUCAAUUUAAAUGAGAGGCUCUUCGAUGAAACGGUCAGAUCGGAUUGGUGGAAGCAGCUCCAUCGGUGCCAGCAUAAAGACGACUUUCAACGGACCAAAGUGGCCAUGCGUUGGACCACAUUCGGUUAUCAUCACGACUGGGACACUAAGCACUAUGAUGAUCACAUGCACUCCCCGUUCCCAGAGGAUCUGAGCCUGCUGUGCAGACUGUUCUCAUCCACAAUGGGCUACGAAGACUUCAAGCCUGAAGCGGCUAUAGUUAACUAUUAUCCCGUCGGCAGUAGCUUAUCCGGUCAUGUGGACUAUUCGGAGCCGAAUCAGUCGGCUCCCUUAUUUUCGUUUAGCUUUGGCCAGAGUGCGAUUUUCCUGAUCGGUGGAAGGAGCCUAGAAGAAACUCCCACCGCCCUUCUGCUGCAAAGUGGCGAUGUCCUGAUAAUGUCCGGAGAAUCCCGACUGUGCUAUCACGCCGUACCGCGUAUCCUUAAGGACCAUAAAACCGUGAACUGUGAUCUGUCUAAAGAAUUCGACGAUAGCUGUGGUGGCGACCUGAAUGCCUUGGAUAUGGAUUUAUUUGAGCACGUCGGAAACCUGAGCUUCUGGCAACCGUUUUCGGACUACAUCGUGGACUCGCGUAUUAAUAUUAACGUACGACAAGUACUUAAACCAGGACAAUUGUUAUUAAAUUGAAAAACUACCUACAUAUUAAUUAUCCUCCUUUCUGAAGCAGCAACAAAAACGCUCUCACCAACACAAACAAGGAACAAACUGAGAGCAAUCAAGAGUGUAGGAGUUAAAGUGAGCGAGAGCGAGACCGGUAAACGGCGCAAAUCGCUCAAAUAUUCGUUUUACUUGAGUGCAGGAGACAGAGAGAAAGAAAAAAUACAAAAGGAACGAGUCUGG